AUGGCAACCGCACCCUCCUUCGUAAUCGACAACAUCCGCAUCUUCACUGGCGAAGAGGUCAUUGAAAAUGGCUACGUCUAUGUCUCAGAUGGAGUAAUCGUAGAGGUGAGGUCCGGGAGUAUUCCCUCAGACACGGACUCCUCUAUUGAGCGCAUCUCCAAGCCAGGACAUACGCUCCUCCCAGGCUUCAUUGAUGCUCACGUCCAUGCUUGGAGAGGUGAUGAGACGGCUCUGGUCCUCGCACUCAAGUUUGGUAUCACGACCGUCUUGGAUAUGCACUUAGAGCCGCCUUAUGUAAAGAAGUUGAAAGCCUUGUGUGCGGAUAAGCAGAACGAUUCGCUAUAUGCGGACUUCUUCACAGCUGGGCUUGGUGCCGCAACAGGAGAGGGUUAUCCUGAAAUUAUCAUGACAGACUGGAUCGGCACACCGUCAGCCCUCGCAGACAUGGCUCUCUGGCCAAAACUCAAGUCCGUUGCCGACGUAAAAUCAUACAUUAGAGACAGCAUUACUCAAGGGUCGGACUACAUCAAGAUUUUUCAUGAGUCUGGGAAGCCCAUGGGCAUGGAGUUGAAGCUCCCAUCAAUCGAGCUCCUCACUGCCAUUAUAGAAGAAGCACACACCAACAACUUGAAAGUUGUAGCCCAUGCUCAGACUGUCGAAGACACGAUUGCAGUAUUGAAUUGUGGGACGAAUGGGCUGGCGCAUAGUUGCUGUGAUGUGAAGCCCACGGAGGCUUUGGUUAAGGCGUAUCAGAGGAGGAAUGCUUGGUGCUGUCCUACAUUGGCGGCGACAGCCAUGUUUACAGAGGAGGAACGAGAGAAGGCAUUCAAGUAUGCAAAAGAUCCCAGAAUCGUGGAUAUUGUUGGCGAAGAGGAGAGUAAGCGUUUAUGCAAGUGCAUGAGCCAUUUCAAGGGGCAUGCGGAACUGAAGCAUGCCGUUGACAGUGUAAAGAUGUUGCACGCAGCAGGCAUUGAUAUUGUUUGCGGAAGCGAUAGUGUCGGGAGUGGAAAGCUGGGAAUUGGUUGGGGAUCCUCGUUCCACCAUGAACUGUCAAUGUUGGUUGACAAUGUUGGCAUGAGUACAAUCGACGCUCUGAAAACUGCCACUAUUAAUCCCGCGAAGAGGUUUGGCUUGUCUGAUCGUGGAAUAAUUAAGACUGGAUAUAGAGCCGACCUGGCAUUGUUUGAUGGAAACCCACUCGAGAAUAUCGACCACACCAUGAACUGCAAAGCUGUGUGGAAGAGUGGCACCUUGAGCAUGUACUCUAAGAAGUAG